GUGAGAAGAAAGAUCCAUUUUUCAGACAAGAGUUUGAAAAGUGAAAAAAAAAAUGGGUUGUUGUCAGUCAAGGAUAGAUAGAAAAGAGAUAGUGUCUCGUUGCAAAGCUCGGAAGAGAUACUUGAAACAUCUUGUUAAAGCUAGACAAACUCUCUCUGUCUCUCACGCGCUUUACCUCCGUUCUCUACGCGCCACCGGCUCCUCCCUUGUCAACUUCUCCUCCAAAGAAACCCCUCUCCAUCUCCACCACAACCCUCUUCCUUCUCCAUCUCCCCUUCCUCCGCCUCCUCCUCCUCCUCCUCCUCAGCCGCAACAACGUCCUCGAAGCCCUAGCUCCGAGACUACAUGGACCUCCACCACCACUUCCUCCGCUCUCCCUCCUCCGCCGCCACCUCCACCGCCUCCUCCUCCUCAGCCUUCCUCUACAUGGGACUUCUGGGAUCCGUUCAUCCCACCUCCUCCUUCCUCCUCCGAGGAGGAGUGGGAGGAAGAGACAACAACUGGAACCACCACGAGAACUGCUACAGGAACAGCUUCUUCAGACGCUCCUCUCACCACAGCUCCAACGACAGCUACUCCUCAAGGCUCAUCAGUAGUGAGUGGCUUCUCUAAAGACACAACAACAACGGGAAGCGAGUUAGCAGUUGUGGUGCCGAGGAACAGUAAAGAUCUGAUGGAGAUUAUCAAAGAAGUUGAUGAGUACUUCCUCAAAGCUGCUGAUUCUGGUGGACCACUCUCUUCUCUCCUUGAAAUCUCUACUUCUAUCAACGCUACAGCUUUCUCUGCUCAUACCAAAGGGAAAAUGUAUAGUAACUAUGAAUGCAACUUGAACCCGACGUCGUUUUGGACAAAGGGGUUUGCUCCUAAGUUAAAUGAAUACAGAAACUCAGCAUUAGUUGGAGAAGGAAACUGCAUUGUUGGUAGCCAUUCCUCUACUAUUGACAGGCUCUAUGCCUGGGAGAAGAAGCUCUUUCAAGAGGUUAAGAAUGCAGAGAGCAUAAAGGUGGAGCAUGAGAAGAAAGUGGAGCAUGUGAGGAGGCUUGAGAUGAAGAGAGCUGACUAUGUCAAAACCGAAAAGGCAAAGAAAGAUGUUGAGAAGUUAGAGUCUCAGCUCACAGUGUCUUCCCAAGCCAUACAAAGCGCUUCUAAUGAGAUCAUCAAGCUCAGAGAGACUGAGCUUUAUCCUCAGCUUGUGGAGCUCAUUAAAGGGUUGAUGUGUAUGUGGAGGAGCAUGUAUGAGAGCCAUCAGGUCCAAACUCAUAUAGUUCAGCAGCUUAAGUACCUCAACACCAUUCCCUCCACUGAACCAACUUCAGAGCUUCACAGACAAUCAACUUUUCAGCUUGAGCUUGAGAUCCAACAGUGGCAUCACUCCUUCUGCAACUUAGUCAAGGCUCAGCGUGACUACAUCCAAUCACUCACUGGCUGGCUAAGGUUAAGUCUGUUCCAGUUCAGCAAGAAUCCACUUGUUAGGAGUAGCUACGAGUCAAAGAUAUACAGCUUCUGCGAGGAGUGGCAUUUGGCUAUUGACAGGAUCCCUGAUAAAGUAGCAUCUGAAGGGAUCAACAGCUUUUUGACUGCAGUUCAUGGAAUCGUGGCUCAACAGGCAGAGGAGCAUAAGCAGAAGAAGAGAUCAGACUCCAUGCUGAAAGACUUUGAGAAGAAAGCUGCUUCACUGAGAGCGUUGGAGAGCAAGUAUAGUCCAUACUCGGUGCCUGAGAGCAGGAAGAAGAAUCCUGUGGUUGAGAAGAGAGCAAAGGUUGAGUUCUUGAAAGGCAAAGCGGAAGAAGAGAAGAGUAAGCAUGAGAAGGCAGUGAGUGUGACUAGAGCCAUGACUCUAAAUAACUUGCAGAUGGGUUUCCCUCAUGUGUUUCAAGCAAUGGUUGGGUUUUCAAGUGUGUGUAUGCAAGCCUUUGAGUCUGUCUACAACCAAGCUAAGUGCAUUGGUGAGGAGCAGCAAGAGGAGGUCAAGAGGUUGCUUCCUUAGAGAAUUGCUUUACUGUUUCUUCUCUGUUUUUUGCUUGAUCCCAAACCCAACCUUUAGGCAACAAACAUGUUGUGAACUUGAGUUUAGUUUAUGCUAUUUUAGAAAAUGAACUUUUUCAUUGAAUCAUUGCCAGAAAAUUUUCUUUUCUUUUUAAAGACAAAAUUGGUCUAAUUAACAAGACCAGAAUAGAACAAUUAACAAAAU